UAUUUUAGAUUCAUUGAAUUUGGCAUUGCUAUUGGUUGAUAUUAUUUUUUUUUUUUGCAACUUGGCAGACUAGUUUAGUUUUUUUUUUUCAUCACAUCAAAAAAAAAAAAGCACAUAUUUUUGGCUAAAGGCCACGUCAAAUUGAGUAAACGUAAAAAAGAAAUUCCGUCAUUUUUUUUAACAGACGAUAUACUAACAGGCUUAUGGCAUAUCAUCCCAAAUCGCCACGUACGCAAAUGAAAAUGUAAACGGUGCAGAAGGUCGUACUAUUGUUUCCAUUUAUAAAUUUGCGAGUUGUUAAAUACAUUCUCAGAAUUGCAUUUUUGUUUUUUUUUUUUUUAUUUACAACAGAUCAUCCAAAUUAUUUCAAUACUUUUGAUACCGUUUGAAAAAAAAAAAAAAAAAACAAGAGAUAUAAUACAGGUUAUGCUCAAAAUGUCAUUCGAAGGAAAAUACAAUGCUAAAAGUCCAGCUGUCAAAAGAUUGAUGAGAGAAGCUCAAGAACUCCAUGAAGCUACAGAAGAGUAUUAUGCAUAUCCCUUGGACGAUAACCUUUUUGAAUGGCACUUCACUGUACAAGGUCCACCUUCAACUGAUUUUGAGGGUGGUGUAUACCAUGGAAGAAUUUUACUACCACCUGAAUAUCCUAUGAAACCACCUAAUAUUAUUUUGUUAACACCCAAUGGUCGUUUCAGAAUAAACAAAAAGAUAUGUUUAAACAUUUCUGGUCAUCAUCCAGAAACUUGGCAACCAUCGUGGAGUAUUAGAACAGCACUGUUAGCAUUAAUUGCUUUUAUGCCUACACCUGGCAAUGGAACUAUUGGUUCUUUAGAUUAUAGCACUGAAGAAAGACAAAAGCUAGCUAAAAAAUCAUUGAAUUGGCAAUGUGAUAAUUGUGGAAAAGUGGUUGAUUUGUUGUCUAAAAAUUCAAUAAAAAAACCUAUUACUGAAGAAGAACAAAAUAUGUUAGAUAUGAUAGCUUUAAAGGCUGAUGAAACACCAACGAUUGAAACAAGUUUUACAGAGAAUUCUGAAAAUGGGGAUACUGCAAGUGAACUGAGACAUCGUAGAGAAACAAAUUUAAGUGAAAGUCAAGAUGCUCAACAAUCUACUGUGCAUUUAAAUCCUCAAGUAGAAACAAUGUCAUCUACGAACGAUCUAUUUUGGAAUAUACUAAUAACAUUAUUAGUAUCGGCUAUUAUUUUACUUGUUUUGCGACGGCUGUUUCUUGUGUAAAAUGAUUACUUUGCUACAUAGAAAACAAAACAAAAACAAAAAAACACGCGUUACUAUUGUAAGUAUGUUAAUUAU